AAACUAGUGGUAGCGGAAACGGGAAAAGUCGUGGAAAGCGAAUCGAAUUUUCAAUUUUGUUGCUGUGAGGUAUUUUUUUAUCAUAAUUUACCUCAACUUUCUGUCAAUCAGUGGUCAAUUGGUCAUGAACUAUUUCAAAUUACUAUUUAUGUAUUUCUAUUAUUUUUGUGAAUUAUUCAACACUCGAGUCUGCGUGUUUCCUUCGCUAUACGGCAUUUCUCGAAAUCGAAUCAUUUCUCAUUUCUCUUCAUAAGUUCAUCAACUCUUGUGAUUUAUGUAUCUUAUAUUGUGCUGAGUGUUGGUGUAUGGUGUUCUUGACCUAAUAUGUCUCUUUUCAAAAAACCAAAUCGAAAUAUUCGAAGAAGAGAAAUCGAAGUACAGGAUGACGAAGUUGAUACCAAAGAAACUGAAAUUAUCAAAUCCAAAACUAAAAGUGGUGGCAGUCAGAAUGGGGACCCAGCUUCCAAGUCCAUCAAACAAACGUUGCUCAGUUUUGGACAAGAAUUUGAUGAAGGAGAUGACGGCGAAGUAUUCAAGAUAAAGCGUUCAUAUCAAAGUAAAAAAAUUCGUAAACAAAUUGAUAGAGAAAAAGAAGAAAAACGUCGGAAAGACUCUCCAAAAACCGAAACAUCUGAAGAUGGCAAAGCAGGGAGAAAGAGAGACAAAAUUAUCACAACCGAUGAUCAAGUUACCAUUAAAAUUAAAAACCCAAUCGCAGGACCGGUGGUGGUACAAGAGCGAAUUCUGAGUGGAUUAAGUGCAGAAAUGGCAGACUAUAAAAGUGAUUCGGGCGAUGAAGAUGAGAAGGAUUCCAAUUUAACUCAUCAUAAAUUUUCUCAGCCCGACCAUGUUAAAAUGCUGUUAAAAAGCGGUCGUAUUCCUGAUGCAGCUUUAAUUCAUGCCGCUCGAAAACGUAGACAACAAGCUAGAGAAAUGGGAGGAGCGAAUUAUAUUUCAAUCGAAGAUGAAAAUGCAAAAUUAGAGUCCGAAAGUAAAUCACGUUUAGUGAGAGAGGAUGAUAACGACGGAAGCGACGAAGAAGAGAGAAUUACCAUGUCUGGAAUAGUAAGUGUUGCUGCUGAUAGGGAAAAACGUAAAGAAGGUUUAGAUACAUAUAUUGCUUCAGAUGGGGAGGAUGAAACAGUUGAAGACGAUGAAUGGGAAAAUCAGCAAAUCCGUAAAGCUGUUACUGGUGCUCAGUUGGCAGCAGCGCAGCAAGAAUCGUAUUAUUAUCAAUAUAUGAAUAAUGCGGCGGCAGCAGUUGCUUCUACGAUACCUGGUAUGCCUAUCUCAUUAAACCCCCAGAUAACCGGCGCUACUGGUAUUCUGUCUCCUGAAUCAGCAAUGUCGAAUGUUGGUGUCCCGCCAAAUUCCACAGCGUUUGCAUCAUUUCUCACAGAAGGUUCUGCUGAAUCAGCAGAUCCUGAGAUCAUCGCCAAGAAAUUACGAGAAAGACUUGAAAACCUCGAAGAGAUGUACAAACGCCGAGAAAAUGAUAUAGAUAACAUUAAUCAUGAAAUAAUUACAUUACAGUCAGAUUUUGAAAAACGUAAGAUCAAUGUCCCCGAACUAGCUGAACGGUUUCAGUUUUAUCAAGAUUUACGCGGGUACGUCACUGAUCUGGUAGAGUGUCUUGAUGAAAAGAUUCCAGUUAUCAACUCUUUGGAACAGAGGUUAAUUACUAUGUAUCAGAAACAAACCAACGAAUUGGUAUCAAGACGACGACUCGAUGUUAAAGAUCAAAUGGAAGAUCUGACUCCGACGAAAAAUUUAAUCGGCGUUAAAAAAGACGAAGAAAAAAUAAGACGCACCGCUGAAAGAGAAGGUCGUAGAAUACGUAGAUUAAAAAGUAGGAAUAUCGGCACCAUCGGAUCUCACAUCGAAGGAAUGUCUAGCGACGAUGAAAUAACUGAAAUGGCUGCCACUACCUAUCGAAAUCAGAAAGAAAUAAUCGAAUCUGAUGCUCGCCGAGUUUUUGACGAUGUUGUUGAAGAAUUCGUAUCCAUCAAUGACAUCCUGAAAAGAUUUUCAGGUUGGAGAAAAUUAGACAAAACUGCAUACGUUGAAGCAUAUGCGAAUUUGUGUCUCCCUAAAGUCUUGGGACCAAUAAUUCGUAUGAACAUGUUGAUGUGGAAUCCAUUGAAUAAAGAAGAGCAAGACAGCUUAGAAAAUUUAUAUUGGAUGAACAGUAUUUUAUUAUAUUCCGCUGAAAAAACUGAUACAGAAGAGUCUCUUCGUAAAGAUCCUGAUCUACAGCUUUUGCCUAAUUUAAUCGAUAAAAUUGUGGUUUCUAAGUUAGAACAAAUAGUUAAAGCUCAGUGGGAUCCAUUAUCUACCAAGGAAACUCAACAAUUAGUUGCAGUUGUUCGCAGUAUCAUUGAUUACCCAUUUAUCGCGCCUAAAAGCAAACUGUUCACGCAGUUAAUGAACACAAUUAUAGAUAAAAUGAAACAAGCCGUAGAGAAUGAUGUUUUCAUUCCUAUGUUCCCUAAGCAAUUAUUAGAUAGUGGAAAAUUGAAUGUGUUUUUCCAAAAGCAAUUCGCGAGUAGUGUCAAGUUAUUUGGUAAUCUAUUAAAGUGGCAUGAAAUCAUAAACGAAACGAUUUUAAUCGAUAUUGCCAACUGUUCUUUGCUGAAUCGGUAUUUGUUAAUGGCCAUUCGAACACUGCAGCCUUUAGAAGCAGCCGCUAAAUGCCAUACCGUAGCCAGUCUCUUUCCUAGAACGUGGCUUAAGGAGAAAUCAGAAGCUGAAUCUCAGCUAACGCAAUUUUUUUCAUUCGUAAAGUUACUUAUUACUCAAAUCGAUGGCACUAAUCCUCAUGGAAGGGAGGCGAUAGAAAAAUUAGCAGAAAUUAUUCGAUACGUGUGAUGCAAUAUUGCCAAAGUACUCGUAUGUUGAACAUUAUCAGGGUGAAGAAGUACAUUGAAAUGCAAUUGAAAUUGUUCGAAGAAUUAUUCGCAGAAAUAAUGCAAUCAUUGUAAACUACGAAUUAUAAUUAUCUAAAGAAUGAAGGUGUUGAAUGGUGUACAAAAUUGAUCAAUAAAUUUACAUUCAUUUUC